GGCCGGGCCAGGAGGUAUACCAGUCAGAGUCAAACUGAGAGGCUCUCCUCUUGGUGGGAAAACAGUCAGUCUUAGGUUUUUAUAUAUAUUCAUAUAUAUAUGAAUAUAUAUAUAUAACAAUCUACACAGGGAAAGCACACAGAGCAAACAUGUCGACUGAUAAAGACUUAGAGGAGCUCAACGAAGAGGACAUCGACGAGGAUGAGCUCCUGGCCAUGCUGUCGCCUGAGGAGCUGAGGGAGCUCCAGAGUGAGAUGGACAUUAUCAUCGCCCCCGACGACCGGGUGCCCGUAGGUCAGAGACAGAAGGACCAAACGGAGAAGCCGCCCUCUGGGUCAUUUGACCACAGGUCUCUGGUGGAUUACCUCUAUUGGGAGAAGGAGUCCAAACGAAUGCUCGAUGAGGAGCGAGUGCCUGCUACUCUGCUGCCCAGUGAGAAAACCUUGAGAGAAGCGGCCGUAAAGAAGGAGGAAGAGAAGGCGGACGAGGAUGUGGAAUAUGUGUACGAAGAGGUGAUCAUUGAGGAGGAGGCUGUCAUUGAGGAGGCUGUCAACGGCGUUGAAGAAGAGACAGUCACAGAAGAGAUCAUCGAGGAGAUUGUGGAGGAAGUGAAAGGAGAAGAGCAGGUUCCCUCUGGGAGUGAUACCCAAGAGUCGCCAUUGCCUGUGAGCGCCGAUAAGCAAAACGAUCUGGAUGCUUCAAAGCACAAUGAAGACAGCCAGCCCAGUAAGCCCAGUACCAUUGAAACUCCUCCAUUAAAGGAGGUGGAAGAGAAGGAGAGUGAAAGCAUCGUUGAGCAAAAGCAAAGCACUAUAGAUAUCCAAGAGGCCGUGGACUCAACCUCCGUCAAAGAACCAGAAACUCAACCACUUCCAGAUGAGCCAAUAGUGGACGAACCAUGGAUAAAACCGCCAGAAAAGGAACCGAAGAAAAUAAACAAACUGAAACUCCCAAAUCUUGCACUGGGGGGCAUUAAGCUGACGUCGAGGCCCUCGGGCAACGAGACCAACCUGGAGUCCACCUUGGAUAAGAUGCGCAACAACAACCCCUCCGUCACAGAGGUGAACCUCAACAACAUAGAAAACAUUCCCAAAGUCAUGCUCCUGGAAUACGUCAACGCCUUGAAGAAGAACCGCUUCGUGAAGACCUUCAGCAUCGCCAACACCGGCGUGGACGAGAACAUCGCCUUCAACCUGGCCAACAUGCUCCGCGAGAACCGCAGCAUCGUCACACUGAACAUCGAGUCCAACUUUGUGACAGGGAAGGGCAUUGUGGCCAUCAUCCGCUGCCUGCAGUUCAACGAGACCCUCACAGAGCUGCGCUUCCACAACCAACGCCACAUGCUGGGUCACCACGCCGAGAUGGAGAUCUCCCGCCUGCUGAAGGCCAACAACACCCUCCUGAAGAUGGGCUACCACUUUGAGCAGCCGGGGCCGAGGAUGGUGGUGACCAACCUUCUCACCAGGAACCUGGACCGCCAGAGACAGCUGAGGAAGGAGGAUCAGAAGCAGCUGCAGGUUAAAGAACAAAGGGAGGCAUUGCAAAUGUAUGAAAACAGCCUGAACCUGCCUCCUGGUCUGUUGGAGAUGCUGGGCUACAUACCCUCCUUGGAGAUCUUACGGAGCCACGGUCUUAUCCCCCCAUCUGUAGGACAGAGCAGUGGGCCCUCAGCUAACGGCCCUACAGACGCUCAACCCACACAACCACCACGAAACCAGCCCAGACAGAACCACAACACCGACAGCAUUCCAAAGCCCCCAAGUGCCAGCGAACCAGCGAACCCCAUAAAGGACGUCCACUUGAGGAGGACUCCUAAGAAACGCGACCCCUUUCUGGACCUGGACCCGAGGGAAGAGAUGAGAGCAGACAGAGCCAGCUUUCAUCUGAGGAAGACCAGCAGGGCGAGGGCCACAGAGAGCGAGGUGAUGGCGGACGAGAGGGCUAAUCUGAAGGACGUCAUUAAGACCUUGAAACCCGUUCCCCGGAGACGAGAGCCAGCGAUGAUUCAGAUGACGCCACGGGAUCUCCUCCUGAGUGAAAUCAAACAUAGCAACGUGGCCUAUCUCAAAGCUGUUCCUCUUCCGAAGGAGCUGGAGUCGGGCGAGACCAGUCUCUUAGACUUGUAGAUAUAUAAUCUAUGAAAAAAAGAGAAGCUAACCAUGUCUGAACUUUAGGGCCGCGCUGACGAUAGGUUGUGAAAUAGCUGUUGAGAUGACUUGCACAUAACAGAGUAACGUGUUAGAGGAGUGUUGUCAUGUUUCUGUUUAUUGAUUUGUUUUUGAGUUAUUGUUUGACAUUUAAUGUACUGCUUUUUUGAAGAAUAAAAAAACGAAUUCAAAACUAUAAUUGACAGAAUUGUACCUACUAUACAAAAUAUUAUUAGAAAUGUUAUAGAUUCAACAUAAACGUAGAAUAACUAAGCUAUAGUAUCUAGGCUAGGAAAACCUUUAAAUCCUGAUUUGAUACUAUACAUUACUAAAUUGUACAGACUCUUUAUUUUCACGUCA